UAGUUGGGUUUGUGUUGUGAUCGGCAGCUAUGAUCUCAAUAUGAUUACUAGAAUAUUAGUAAUUUUUAGUAUUUUAGGUUUAAGCAGUGCACAGUUGGUACAAUUUGGACAGUGUAAUCCGAAUAUCGCUUUGCAGACGAAUUUUAAUCCUUCAAGAUUCCUCGGCACGUGGCAUGGAAUCGCUAGAGCUGAUAAUAAUCUACAAAAUGGCGACUGUGCAGUUCUCGAAUUGACACAGAACAAUAAUGUUAUCAAUAUAAGAAAUACAGCUGUUAAUAACAAUUUCUACGAAGAAAUAACCGGCACAGCAUCAAUUGAACAGGGUACAGCGAAAUACACGCUCAACCUGAAUGGCGUGCAGAAUCCUGUCGAUUUCUGGAUAUUAACUACGGACUAUGAUAACUUCGCUGUUGGAUAUGCCUGUCAAAACAUUGGAAAUGUACAGCGAAGCGUGUACCUUUGGCAGUUGGGACGAGCGACUUCAUAUCCCACCGAGAUGAUGGAAGCUCUCGUUAACACAACCAUAAGCAACCUUCUUGGCAUCGACACAUCAGCCUUACGAAGAAUUGAACAUUCAGAUAACGCCUGUUACAUCCUACCAGAUAUCCCUGACAACCAAUCAGUGAUACUUCCUGGACAAUGUAACACUAAUAUGAGUGUCGUUACCAACUUCAACGCUGCCAGGUUCGGUGGAGUAUGGCAUCAAAUAUCGAGAUAUUACACAGAAAACGAAAGUGGAUCUUGCAACCGAGCGGAAUACACGUUAUCAGACGGCGGAGUCAUCGUACUUAACAGUCAAGUGGUUAAUCAAAGAUUAGAGACAAUCAGCGGCAGAGCAGCUGUUAGCAGUACUGAUGGAUCCGCUAAAUUAAUUGUCAACUUAGAAGUAGCACCAAACGUUUUUUCAACAGCAGAACUCUGGGUGUUGGCGACUGACUAUGUCAACUAUGCCGUGUCCUAUAACUGUGUCAACCUUGAUAAUAAUCGAAGAAGAGUGCGGAGUUGGAUCCUUAGCAGGCAAAGACAAUUAUCAGGGGUGUCACAACAAGCGGUUAACGAAUUGAUUAGAUCUGAAGUGGACUUGAACACUAGAUUCUACCAACAGACGGACCAAUCCGAUGCGGGAUGCUUUUAUUUCCCUGAACCAGUUGCGAACGAGCCUGUUGUGUUCCCUGGACAAUGUGACAUGAGUAUACCAGCCAUGCCUAACUUCCAACCCGAUAGAUACAUGGGUUUAUGGCAUGAUAUAGAAUCUUAUCCAUCGGUAUUUCAAACUGGAUCCUGUAACAAUGCUCUGUACACUCUGACUGGAGGAAUAGUGCGAGUGUUCAAUACUCAAGUGAUCAACGAGACAUUGGACACUAUGGAGGGUGUCGCUGUUCUUGCCUCGACUGACGGGACAGCUAAACUCACAGUUUCAUUCCCAAUCGCCGGCACCAAUCUCACAACCUCAACCGACUACUGGGUUUUAGAUACGGAUUAUUCCAGCUAUUCGUUAGUGUACUCUUGCACAAAUAUGGGUAACGAUCGAAGACAAGUAUACGCUUGGAAAUUGAGCAGAUCAAAACAACUAACCGCAGCCGCCAAUAUUGCUAUAAACACUGUUGUAAAUAACGUCCAAGUUUUGGAUCAAAGAUAUUUCGUGGCCAAAGAUCAGUCGGCCGCGGGCUGUUUCUAUUACCCCGAGCCGCAGACCAACGUGCCUGUCCGUUUCCCGGGACAAUGUGAUCUAAAUGUACCUGUCGUGACAGGAUUUUCUAUGCAACAGUUCCAAGGUAUAUGGUACGAAGUGGAAGCGUACCCUAAAGAACAACAGACUGGUCAGUGCGUGUACCACACAUACAGCACUGGUACAGGGAAUACAUUGAACUUGGUAUCAUCAAGUGUCACUGAUCAAUUCCUCGGACUUACAAAUUCAGUUCUGGCGUUUGAAUCGACAGAUUCAAGCGGCAGAUUAACUUUGAGAAUGCAAACAAACUCUGGAGAAAUCGUUAUUCCAUUCUGGAUUCUAAGCAUAAAUUAUAAUGAUUUCGCGUUGGCCUACAGCUGUAUUAAUGAUGGAACCGACUUCAGAAAGGUUUUCAGUUGGAAGCUAAGUCGUUCAAAGCAGCUAUCCGCAGCAGCGAACACAGCGAUUACUACAGUAAUGGCUAACAAUGUUGUACUUGAUAAUCGCUACUACCAGAACAUCGAUCAAUCUGAUAGCGCCUGUUUCUAUCUACCCGAUAUACCAUUAGGACAGCCUGUUGUAUUACCGGGACAAUGUAACCAAAAUAUACCCGUCGUGCAAAACUUCGACGUUGCUCGUUACUUAGGACGUUGGCGUCUGAUAGAAAGUUAUUUCACGGAGCAACAAACGGGCACUUGCCACGAUGCUACUUACACAUUGAAUAAUAACAUAGUAGAUGUUUACAACACACAAGUUAUUAACCAACAACUGGACACAAUAAAUGGCACCGCGACUCUCGCGACUACUGAUGGUAGCGCUAAACUACUGGUCAACUUCCCUGGAACACCAGCGCCAGCGGAAUACUGGGUUUUAGAUACUGACUACGAUUCUUACGCCCUAGUCUACAGCUGUAGGAAUAUCAACAAUCAACAACAAAGAGUUUUUGGCUGGAAACUCAGUCGUACCAGGAAUUUAACACCAGCAGCGGUUAACAACAUCAAUAGAGUUAUUAACACCGUGGACGUCCUCAACAACCGUUUCUUCGAAAUCAUCGACCAAUCAGAUUCCGGUUGCUUCUACUAUCCAGUGCCCAGCAACAAUCCUGUUGUUUUCAGAGGACAGUGUGAUCCUAAUAUAAGAGUGGUCACUGGCUUUGACGUAGCUAGGUAUUUGCUUUUAUGGCACGAUAUCGAAUCUUACCCUACACCAUUCCAAGAUGGAUCUUGUCCGAAUGCCUUCUACGAUUUAGGAGCAGGAGCUGUUGACGUGUUUAAUUCUCAAGUUAUAAACCAAACAUUAGAUACGAUCAGAGGUGAAGCAGUUUUAAGAGACUCUACUGACGGAAGUGCGAAACUACUCGUUACCUUUCCUAUUGUUGGAACUAAUUUUACUAUCACAACCGACUACUGGGUCUUAUCAACUGACUACUCUUCGUACGCUUUAGUAUACAGCUGUACGAAUAUUGACGAAGAAACAUCACAAGUGUCCAGUUGGAAGCUUAGCAGAACUAAACAACUAACAACUCAGGCUACGAAUGCUAUAAACUCAGUAAUCAAUACUAUACCCGUGUUGGACCAACGUUACUAUCAAGCCAGAGAUCAGAGCGCAGCUGGCUGCUUCUAUUACCCUGAACCUGAACCAGGCAUGCCAGUCAUAUUCCCAGGCCAGUGCGACACCACCAUCGCAGCUGUUCCCAACUUCAAUCUGAACUUGUUCCAAGGUGUUUGGAAUGAAAUCGAAGCGUAUCCAAAAGACCAACAAACAGGUCAAUGCGUCAAUCAUCAGUACACAUUCAAUCCUACAGCAAACAGCCUGAAUCUAGUCUCAUCUAACGUUCUCAAUGAAACAUUAAGAACCUCUAACGGCGUGGUCACUAUCAACUCUGUGGAUAAUAGUGGAAGACUGUUGAUUACUCUAACUGAUGGUAUUGUGAUACCCUUCUGGGUGCUGAGCACCGACUACUCUAACUACGCUUUGGCCUACAGCUGCGUCAACCGAGGAUCAGAUUAUAGAGCAGUUUACAGCUGGAAGUUAAGCAGAACUAAACAAUUAUCUACUGCUGCUAAUACAGCGAUCAACAACGCUAUAGCCAACAUCCAAGUGUUAGACGACAGAUAUUAUGAGACUAUCGACCAAUCUAAUGACGCUUGCUUCUACUUACCUGACAUUCCGUCUGGACAACCUGUUAUUUUACCUGGAGAGUGUGACCCUAAUAUAAACGUUGUGCAGAACUUCAAUCCAGUUAGAUACAUGGGAACUUGGCGUAUGAUCGAGAGUUACGAAUCAGAUUUCCAAGCGGGUACUUGUAAUGAAGCGAAUUACCGUUUGCUGGCAAACGCAACAGUUGAUGUCACCAACACACAAGUUGUCAACCAGAACCUGGAAGUUGUCACUGGAUCUGCAGUAUUGGCUACAACUGAUGGCAGUGCGAAAUUACUUGUCACCUUCCCUAAUGCACCAGCACCUUCAGAAUACUGGGUCCUGGCUACCGACUACGAUAACUACGCUUUAGUGUAUAGCUGUCGUAACCUUAACAACCAACAACGACGAGUAUGGAGUUGGAAGCUCAGUAGGACUAGACAGUUAUCAGCCAGUGCUACUAACAGCAUCAAUCAGGUCGUGGAUAGAGUCAAUGUGUUAAAUAGUCGGUAUUACCAAACUAUUCAGCAAACAGACGCCGCUUGCUUCUACUAUCCAGAACCUGCGCCAAACACACCCGUUACAUUCCGAGGUCAAUGUGACCCUAAUAUACCGGUGGUGACCAAUUUCAAUCUUGCACAGUAUUUGGGAUUAUGGCACGACAUUUCUUCGUAUCCUACUGUCUUCCAAUUCGGGACAUGCAGCAAUGCUUUGUAUACUCUCAAUGGUGGCGUCGUCGAUGUCUUCAACACACAAGUCGUGAACCAAACUUUGGACACGAUCAGGGGAGUAGCGACUCUCGUCCCUGACCCUCAGAACAGCGCUAAAGUUAUAGUCAGCUUCCCCAUCGCUGGAACGAAUCUGACGACAUCAACUGAUUACUGGGUAUUGAGUACGGAUUAUUCUUCUUACGCUUUGGUCUAUUCGUGCACGAAUAUUGCCGAAGAUCGUCGUAGUGUCGGUAGCUGGAAGCUCAGUCGCACCAAGCAGUUAUCAGCAGCCGCGAACACUGCUAUUAAAAACGUCAUCAAUUCCGUCAACGUUCUCGAUAACCGUUACUUUAACGACGUUGACCAAAGCAGGGCAGGUUGCUUCUACUAUCCUGAACCAGAACCAGGCGUACCUGUCAUCUUCCCUGGACAAUGUGAUACCAAUAUACAAGCAGUCCCCAGCUUCAAUCUCACUCAAUUCACUGGGACUUGGUAUGAAAUUGAAGCGUAUCCGAAAGACCAACAAACCGGUCAAUGCGUCAACCAUCAGUACACGACUGCGACCACCGCGACUUUGAACCUUCAAUCGUUCAACGUCCUCAAUGAAACAUUGAGAACUACCAGCAGCGUUGUUUCUGUUACCUCAACUGACGGUAGCGGCAGAUUGUUAAUCACGCUUAGAGAAGGCACUCAAACAAUCGAAAUACCCUUUUGGGUGUUAAGUACGGAUUAUGAUAAUUAUGCUGUAGCCUACAGCUGUGUCAACCGAGAUUCUGACUUCAGAGCAAUCUACAGCUGGAAACUCAGCAGGAGUAAGACAUUGUCAGCGGCUUCAAACACAGCUAUUAACACAGCGAUAGCCAACAUCGAAGUCUUGGACAACAGGUACUAUGAGAACAUCGACCAGUCAGACCGUGCCUGCUUCUAUCUGCCAGACCUCGGCCCCAACGACCCCGUAGUGUUCCCAGGACAGUGCGAUCAGACCAUUCCAGUUGUGCAAAACUUCGAUCCAGUCAGAUACCAAGGCAGAUGGCGUAUGAUCGAAACAUACCAAUCAGAUUUCCAAGCUGGAACUUGUAACGAAGCUAACUACAUGUUGACUCCCAACUUGACUGUGGACGUCAUAAACACUCAAGUCGUGAACCAACAACUGCAAACAGAAAACGGCGUUGCAGUUCUAGCCACUACUGACGGCAGUGGAAAAUUACUUGUCACAUUCCCUAAUGCACCACAAUCAUCUGAAUACUGGAUCUUGGACACUGACUACUCCAACUACGCUCUGGUCUACAGUUGCAGAAACAUAAACUCUCAGCAGAGGAGAGUGUGGAGUUGGAAGUUAAGUCGCGAUAGACAAUUAUCAGCGGCCUCAGCAAAUGCUAUUAACCAAAUAAUAAACAGAGUAGAAGUACUAAACCCGCGCUACUAUCAAGCAAUCACACAGACAGACGCAGCUUGUUUCUACUUCCCCACGCCAGCGCCGAACAGGCCAGUCGUGUUCCGAGGACAGUGCGACAUGAACAUACCAGUGGUUACUAACUUCAGGCUAGCUGAUUACUUGGGUCUGUGGUACGAUAUCGAAUCUUACCCGUCCCUGUUCCAAGGCGGUAGUUGCAGCAACGCGUUAUACACGUUGAACGGAAGCGUCGUUGAUGUCUUCAACACUCAAGUCAUUAACCAAACUUUAGACACUAUAAAUGGAGUAGCGACUCUCACACCGGACCCCAAUAAUAGUGCAAAAAUAGUUGUCAGUUUCCCCAUCGCUGGGACAAAUCAAACAACCUCAACUGACUACUGGGUGCUCAGUACGGAUUAUUCUUCAUACGCUCUGGUAUACACAUGUUACAAUUUGGAUGCAGAACGUAGACAAGUUGCCAGCUGGAAACUCAGUAGAACGAAGCAAUUAACCGCAGCUGCAGUCACAAUAAUCAACAACGUCAUUAACACGGUCCCGGUGCUCGACGCGCGCUACUACGAGAACACGGACCAAAGCCCUGAAGGAUGCUUCUACUAUCCCGAACCACAGCCGGGAGUUCCUGUCGUGUUCCCUGGACAAUGCGAUAAUACUAUACAAGCUGUUCCCAACUUUAACUUUACUCAGUUCCAAGGAAGAUGGUUCGAAAUCCAAGCGUAUCCUAAAGAUCAACAAACAGGCCAAUGUGUUAUUCAUCAAUAUUCACAAAUUAAUAGCAGUACUGCGGAUCUUGAAUCUUUCAACGUUCAAGGACAAGAAUUGUUCAUGUCCGAAAGCAUUGUUAGUAUGACAUCGACUGAUGGCAGCGGGAGACUGUUGAUCACUCUCACAGAAGCUUCUGGAUCAAUUCAAAUUCCAUUCUGGGUUUUGAACACGGAUUACGAUAAUUACGCUUUAGCGUACAGCUGCGUCAACAGAGGGAAUGACUUCAGAGCAGUAUACAGUUGGAAACUCAGCAGAACGAAGCAAUUAUCUGUAGUAGCUAAUACCAGUAUUAAUAAUACCAUUGCUAAUAUUCCGGUAUUAGACAACAAGUACUACGAAGACAUAGACCAAUCCGAUGAAGGUUGCUUCUUCUUACCUGAACUAUCUCCCGGAUCCCCUGUAGAGUUUGUUGGACAAUGUGACCCUAACAUCACAGUGGUGCAGAACUUUGACCCUGUUAGAUACGCCGGACGUUGGCGUCUCAUAGAAACUUAUGAAUCCGACUUCCAAAGCGGAGCUUGUAACGAGGCUACUUACACUUUGACUCCGAACGGCACCGUCGAUGUAUUCAACACUCAAGUCAUCAACCAGACCUUGGACACGAUGACUGGCUCUGCAGUACUUGCGACUACCGAUAAUACGGGAAAAUUACUUGUUACUUUCCCUGGCACAUCACAACCCUCGGAAUAUUGGAUUUUGGAUACCGACUACGAUACAUAUGCACUGGUUUAUAGUUGUCGAAAUAUUAAUACUGAAAGGCGAAGAGUUUGGAGUUGGAAGCUCAGUCGUACGAGAUCAUUGUCAAUUGAUGCUGAAAGGAAUAUUAACAAUACUGUUAACAGCAUCAAUGUGCUCGAUGAGCGCUACUACCAGAGGAUAGAACAUACUGACAACAGCUGCUUCUACUACCCAACUCCUGACGGCAGACCAGUCGUCUUCAGAGGACAGUGCGAUGAAACCAUACCAGUCGUGCGCAACUUCGAUCUUAAUGCGUAUAUGGGUCUUUGGUACGACAUCGAGAGCUAUCCUCAGGAGUUCCAAGACGGUACCUGCGCCACCGCCACUUACAACCUCACACCCAACGGCGUCGACGUCUUCAACACACAAGUCAUCAACCAGCAAUUAGACACUAUCACUGCUGUCGCUGUACCCGCCUCCAACGACGGUUCAGCCAAGUUCACCGUCACAUUCCCUAUUGCUGGCACCAAUGCGACUAUCAGCACUCCAUACUGGGUAUUAUCAACUGAUUACACCGGAUUUGCCUUGGUGUACUCCUGUUCCAACAUCAACACUGAAUCCCGUAGAGUUUCCAGCUGGAAGUUAAGUAGACAGACGAACCUCACAACGGCAGCAGAACAAGCCAUCAACAACGUGAUAACAACUAUACCAGUACUAAGCAAUGAUUACUACGUCUCAAGAGGUCAUACUGAAGACGAUUGCUUCUAUUACCCUGAGAACAAUGGUGGACCUGUCAUACUGAACGGAGUUUGUGAGGAACAGAACCCUGUUACUGACUUCAAUGUUAACGCUUUCAGCGGAACAUGGUUUGAGGCUGCGAGAUUCCCAUCAGAACUGCAAAGAGGAGAAUGUGCAGCAAAGACAAUUACCAGCAGUUUGAAUACUUUAACGAUCAAUGAAACUUACGUAGACAAUGAGAGGCUUAAUACAAUCAAUGUUAGAGCUACAAUUUCUGCAGACGGGAGAGGUGUUCUGAACGCUACACUCACCGAUACUACAGGAACUUCCUUCGAUGCUACCAUCUACGUCCUGGCAACGGAUUAUACUGACUACGCUUUGCUAUUUACCUGCAGGAACCUCGGAAAUCAAUCUAAGCAAAUAUACAGUUGGAAAUUAAGCAGAUCUCAGGCGGGAUUAUCGCAAUCUGCCAACAACAGUAUAAACCAAGUUGUUAGUAAUACAACCGAUUUGUUCGAGAACUACUACGAGAGCAGCGACCAGAGUAACGCAGCUUGUUUCCACUAUCCGGUGUUCGACGAGAUGCCUCCAGCUAUAUUGUUGCCAGGACCUUGCGAUCAAACUAUUCGUGCUAAAGCCAACUUUAAUACUGCCAGUUUCGCUGGAAGAUGGAUAGAGAUCGCUCGUUACCCGCAAACAUCGCAACGUGGUCAAUGCAACAGACCGUUCUACGAUCUCAUAGACAACAGCUUUGAGGUCAUCAAUUCUCAAGUCAUCAAUCAAACUUUGGACACUAUCAUCGGCGAGGCUUUUGUAACCUCAACUGAUGGCAGCGGAGUAGUUACUGUUACGUUCAGAUUGCCUAAUGGUGAUGUAAAUGUAGCGACUCUUUACGUGCUGGAAACUGACUACACAAACUACGCCCUUCUUUACAGCUGCCAAAACAUAGCUAAUAAUAGAAGACAAGUGCACAGUUGGAAGCUUAGCAGAACUACAACUUUGAGUAACGAAGCCAAUAACGUAAUUAACAAUAUAGUAAAUAAUACAGAAGGUCUUUUGAAUGAUUAUUAUAUGACCACUGAUCAAAGUGAAGAGGCUUGUUUCUACAUACCCGAUGUGUUCCCCAACAUGGCUCCGACGUUCAGAGGACAAUGUGAGGAUAUUGUUGGUGUUCAAGGAUUUGAUAUGCAAAGGUACUUGGGCUGGUGGCAUGAAAUCGAACGUUAUCCAUCUGAUGACACUCUCGGAGAUUGCAUCAGUUCCGUGUUCAGUUCCUCCGGGAACCAGUUCCAAGUUGUCGACACAAACGUGUUUGGUGACAGCGCAGUUGUGAACACCAGCACGAUCACUGUUACCAAUAACGGCAGACUUAGAAAGACUCUAAGCAACGGACGUGUUAUUGAUAUGUGGGUGCUGGCUACUGAUUACGAGACAUACUCUCUCCUGUAUUCGUGUGAAAAUAUUAAUGCAGAAUAUAGACGUGUAUGGAGUGCCAAACACAGCAAGUCCCGGCAACUGACACAAGCAGCUCAGAACGCGAUGGCUCCAGUCAUUGCUUUCAACCGCGUCUUGUACCCGCAGUUCUACCUGCCAGUGAACCAGACUGACAAUGCCUGCUUCCACUACCCCGUGCAGACUGGACGACAGGUCAUCUUACCUGGUCAAUGUGAUUUGAACAUACCCGCGGUUAUGAACUUCGAUCCCGCACAGUACACCGGUACGUGGUACCAAAUAGAGCGGUAUCCACAAUUCCAUGAGGUGGGGGGCUGCACUGGCGCUCGCUACACAUUGAACGAGGCCACCGGCGUCGUGACGCUCCUCAACUGGGAGGUGGUUGAAGGAGUUCUUGACACCAUCGAAGGGACAGCGACUAUCAACUCCACAGAUGGCAGUGCCAGAUUAGUGGUAACACUACCAGACAGAUUGAGUGAUGACCCAGCAGCGACAGUGACCACAAGACUGUACGUGCUCACCACAGACUAUGUAUCCUAUUCUCUAGCGUACAGCUGCGUCAACGUCAAUCAGUUCCAGAGAUCUGUGGGUGUAUGGAAAUUAAGUCGUGCCAGGGUGAUGCCAGCGGCUGGCACGACCGCCAUCAACGAGUACAUGACAACUAGAGAGGAACUACACCAACCAUACUUCGUACAAGUCCAACAGAACGAUGACUGCGAAGAACCCAGCUCGGCUAUAUUAGUCAAAAGCAGUAUUAUUGUGAUGCUUGUUUGCGUCGUUUUACAGAUGUUUGUAUAAGUAACCUUAUAUUUGUAUUUUAAGUAGUAAUUUAAUUUAUAUUUGCAUUAUUUUUUGUAA